UAAGCUUUAGCUGGAUGCAAAUAAUGGAAAUAUGUGUUGGUAUUGCAUGAUUGAGUAAUGACAACUUGUAGUGAAUAUCUAGAGUGCAGGAUAAAGGUGUUAUUUAAACACAGUGGUGUGUGUGUGUGAGAUGGACUAUGAAGGGAAGAGAGAGCAGAGCCUCGGGGCUCUUCUCCUCUCUGAGAAUUCUGUGUGACAUUAGUCUUUGUGCCGAAUGAAAUUAGCUUUACUUGCAAGUGGUGUACAACUGUUUAUUCCACAUAACCUCUGACCCCCAAAACUCCACCACAGUAUGCAUGGUUUACAGCACUGACUACGUCAGUGACUGUGGCUUGUGGUAGAGUAUAUAAAAGUAGAGGGAGGGCUAAAGCUCACAGUGCAUCUUCAGUGGAACCAAAUUAUCUGUGGCUGGGCCAAUCCUAGCACUUGUACAGCUAUGAUCAUGAGUGUGGCCCUUAUCUGGGCUUUUGUGGUGGGGCUCUGUUGCUGUCUGUGGCUUAUACUGGGCUUUCGCCGGAGGCAGCCUGGGGAGCCACCCAUAGAAAAUGGCUGGAUCCCAUACCUUGGUUGUGCCCUUCAGUUUGGGGCCAACCCAUUAGAGUUCCUUCGCAGCAGACAGAAGAAGUUUGGUCACAUUUUCACCUGUAAAAUCGCUGGUCAGUAUGUCCACUUCCUCUGUGAUCCAUUCUCUUAUCACAGUGUAAUCAGGCAAGGCAGACAUCUGGACUGGAAGAAGUUUCACUUUGCAGCAUCUGUCAAGGCGUUUGGCCAUGAGAGCAUGGACCCAAGCCAUGGCUACACCACUGAGAACUUGCACCAGACCUUCCUGAAGACACUGCAGGGUGAAGCUCUGCCCUCUCUCAUUGAGAACAUGAUGGAGAACCUUCAGAGCAUCAUGCUGCAGUCCAUCAUGCUCAAAGCCAGAUGCUCAGAGUGGGAAGUGGAUGGGAUCUUUGCCUUUUGUUACAAAGUCAUGUUUGAGUCUGGCUACCUUACACUAUUUGGCCAAGAGCUGGAUAGAGACAAGAACGUGGCCUGCCAGCAGGCCCAGAAAGCCCUGGUCCUCAGUGCUCUGGAGAACUACAAGGAAUUCGACAAGAUCUUCCCGGCACUGGUUGCUGGCCUCCCUAUUCAUGUGUUCAAGAGUGGUCACAAUGCCCGUGAGAACCUGGCCAAAAGCAUGCUGCACGAAAACCUGAGCAAACGGACAAAGAUUUCUGACCUCAUCUCCCUGCGCAUGCAGCUCAAUGACACGCUAUCCACCUUCAAUGAACUUAGCAAAGCCAGGACCCAUGUGGCCAUCCUGUGGGCCUCCCAGGCCAACACCUUACCAGCCACCUUCUGGACACUGUUCUACCUGAUCAGAUGCCCAGCAGCAAUGAAAGCAGCUAGAGAGGAAGUGAGGAACACAUUCGAGAGUUCCAACCAGAAAGUUGACCCCAAGGAUCCUCGUCUCACCCUCACACGGGAACAACUGGAUAACAUGCCAGUUCUUGACAGCAUAAUCAAGGAAGCUAUGAGACUGUCCAGUGCAUCCCUGAAUGUGAGGGUAGCCAAGGAAGACUUCCUGCUCCAUCUAGACAACAAGAAGUCCUACCGGAUCCGCAAGGAUGACGUCAUAGCCUUGUAUCCUCAGAUGCUCCAUUUUGACCCAGAAAUCUAUGAUGAUCCUUUGACAUAUAAGUAUGACAGAUACUUGGAUGAGAACAGGCAGGAGAAGACCAGCUUUUACAGAGGGGGGCGAAAGCUGCGAUACUACUACAUGCCUUUUGGGUCUGGCGUCACCAAGUGUCCUGGCCGGUUCUUUGCUGUACACGAAAUUAAACAGUUCUUGGCCCUGGCGCUCUCCUACUUUGAGAUAGAGCUCUUAGACCCUGGAGUGAAAGUACCGCCUCUUGACCAAUCCCGUGCUGGCCUAGGCAUUUUACAGCCCACAUAUGACAUUGAUUUUAGAUACAGACUCAAAACACAGUAGGAUUAUCCCCCAUUGUUGAUAUUUACUCUUUGUUCUGAGAAUUUUGAGUACUGUUUUUGAAUAUUUUGAAUAUUUUGUUAUGUAUAUGCAAAGAAAAAGUUGCCAUCACCAGAAAACCAUGAAACCUUCACUUUCAGCCUUUUUAUGAAACACAAAUAUAGUGUAAAAUGAAAUUAAACACUCCCUGGUAAAACUUCAAGGUAAAGGUCACCACAGGAGGCCUACAACCUCAAGGUUCAGUGAUACUCAGUCCAAUCCAGUGUUUAACAUUAAUCUAUUAAAUUAUUAAAUAUGCUGGCGAUACAAUGUUUUCUCAUGGCAGCAAUGAAAUAUGUGUACAUUUAAAAUACAUUUAAAUGAAUAAUUUCUUUGCUGAUUUGAAACAUUGUUUCUUACUGUCACUUUUAAAACUGUUUUGCAAGAAACCUCAAAUUGACACUUUUACUCAGUAAUAUUUACUGCUUAUGAGUCAGGGUUUCUGCAGAAUUCAUUCCAUGAAAAAUGUAAUAUAAAAAUAGGAUGCUGAUUAACAAGAAACCUUUAGGGAAAUUACCAAGAUUAUGUGUAUUUUGACCAGACAUAAACUGGCCAAAUCUCUCAUACUUGUUUUUCACUGAAUUCAAUUAAAAAUGUUUUAUAGUAGAUUGUAAUGUUAUGCAAAGUAUUUAACCAUCUAUGUAUUAAAUACUCAUUCCUGCCUUUUGUGUUUAGAGUAAGCUCUGUUCUUGCAAAUUCUACAGUACUGUACAUUAUUUUAAUAUAUUACCAAAAUGAACAUUAAGCAUUAUUCAAGAUGCAAUGAUAAAUGUUGUGUGAUGUUGGUGUAGCUCAAGGCAUCAUGUAACCAAUCUUGAUGUUAACAUAAAAGCUACUCCACCUCCUUUUGGUAUUGGAUGGUAUUGGAAAUGGAAAGUUGUUGUCAAAGCCAUUGAAAUUUCUAAAAUACCUUAAAUUUUAUUAUAUAUCAAGCAAUUAAUAAUUCUAGUAUUUCUCUUUUUAAAAGUAUGUUAUUACUAAACAGAAAUAAAUCCAACCAUAGAAAGCAUUUGGCUAUUUCCAAUCCCUUUGACACUUUUUAACCUCAAAUCUUACGUCAGACCGGCACACACUCCAACAUACAACUAUGAGCUUGUGUGUUUUACCACCAAUUAUGACCUUUCCCCUAUUACACAAUAAAUCUGCCAACACAUCUUGGGAUAGUAACCUGCACAGGACAAGGAACUAGAACAGGUUCAGUCUAAUAGCCUGACUGGAGCAAAUAUGAACCUCUCUAUUACUUUGGUGGUUAAAAAAAGAUAUGGUCUAUGAAUUGAUGAAUUAGUACAGCUUGAGAAUAUCCUAAUACAGCUCAAUCUUCACAUUUUCCUUAUCACCUAGUUAAAUGAUAACUGCCAAAGCCAUCGGUGAGGCCUAAAUAUGGUGGAGGUUAACAGAGUCACAGUGCAAUGUUCAUGGCUCAAAGGGAGUGCUGGUUAUUUUUUGAGGGUUUUUCUUUUUUUUUGCCUUUUACUGAACUCGGUGACUGAAGAAAGACACUGUUUGUCCGUGUCAACUACAAAGCCAAACUUGGUGUUUGCUUUUGUCAUAGCUGACAUGUUUAUCUUAAUGCAGGGAUUUUGUUGUUUUGCAAAUUAUCAAAUUAGGAGGGCCAUUACUGCAAGAAAAUAAUAUUACUUUUUAUAUUAGUAUAUGAUGUUUUUCUAUGACUUAUAUGUUAUCCGUAAAGGUAAAAUCUGCAGAGCUGACUGUAGACUAUUGCAUGGUUUUUGUAUCUAUGCACUGAAUAUACAAUAAAAAUUCUA